AUGACUGCACAGGCCCAAGCCCACGCCUCCCGCUCCAAGGGCUGGAGCACUUCAGUAUACGUGAGCACGCCUGCAGGGAGCACAGAGGUGCAUGCAUCCCUCCCCGGCUCUGCCACCCCUGCUUCGCCCUGCUCUGCGCAGCAGCAGCAGCGCAGUCAGCAUGUUGUUUCUGUGAGCACCGUUGGCCCCGUCGCUGCUGCCAGUCCUGCAGUGUGCUGCCCGCACACCACCACUGCUGCUACUGCUGUUGGCAGUGCCAAGGCCAACGAGGUUUCCCCUGUGAAAAGGGUCGAGCUUUUCCCUGCCGCUUCUGGUGCUGCUGCCUCCGCUGCCACUGCCCCUAGCGGAGCAAGUGUGGCAGCAGGAGGAGGAGGAGCAGGAGUGAUCGAGCAAGCAGCAGCAGCAGGUGCAGCAGCAGCAGCAGCAGCAGCAGGUGCAGCAGCAGCAGCAGCAGCAGCAGCAGCAGCAGGUGCAGCAGCAACAGAAGCAGGAGCAAGUGUGUGCUGGUUCAGUCACGGGUGA